AUGACGACCAACUCGUUGAGCGCAAAGAGCAGGCCCGCUUCAUCGCUUCGCAUUACUCCUUCGAAUUCCCCAAUCCUGAGACCGCCAACGCGCUCUUCCAUAUACAAAGCAUCGUCUCAUCAGACAGCCUUGACCCUGCGGACAGUACUCGGAACAACCACAACUACCCCUCAUGGAUUCUCGAGUCAUGAGCAAAGAAGGUCUUUCGCCCUCUGUGCAGGCUCAGUGGCGGUACUCGUUGAAUUGGACGACAAGGACUGUGUAAGCCAACGCUUUUUCAGGGCACGGCCCUCGGCAGCCAGUGUGAAUCCAGUUACAUCGUUCUACCACCAAUCCACGCCGCCUACAACACCUGACAGUCGAGCAAAAUUCUCAUCAAGCUUGAGAUCGACCGCCCACAGCAAUGCUUACAAUGGCUCUCCAUGCCAUGACACAACUGAUCCCGGUAGUCCCCGUGGUUGGUCCUCACGCGAGAGAGUUAAGGCGGUUACGUGUACCGCCAUCAGCCCUAAUGGGGAGUUCCUCGCAGUCGGAGAAACUGGUUAUAGUCCCCGAAUUAUGAUCUUCUCAACGGCGAAAGACGCAUCUUCGGACAUCCCACUUUCGAUCCUUACAGAGCAUACAUUUGGUGUGCGAGGCCUGGCCUUCAGUCCGGAUUCACAGUAUCUAGCGACGCUCGGUGAUGUGAAUGAUGGGUUUCUUUUCGUAUGGACUGUUAAUCCGAAGACUGGUUCGGCAAAGCUUCACUCAACCAACAAGUGUACUUCCCAUGUCCGUGACAUGUGUUGGAUGGGUCAGACCCUAGUCACGUACGUCCUAGCGAGGGUCGGAGUCCGACAUGUGAAAGUUUGGAGACUUCCAGAUGCGAGGCCUGGCUCCCCUCGGUCUCGCCUUACUGUGGAGGCACCAAGCAGCUCCCCGAGCCAGAUUCCCAAGGCAUUUUCGGGGCGAAAUUGCUUACUGGGCUCGCUGGCCGAAAGCACCUUCACUAGCGUAGCAAGCUUUUCCGAUCGUGAGUCAGUGGUAGGCACCGAUACGGGGGCUUUAUGUUUGGUGGAUGAUAGUGAGGGAUCCCAGAAAUUGUCCGUUGUCCAAUACCUGGAUUUUGGCAUCACUUCCUUGGCGGUUGACUUGCACCGCUCUUGUGUUUGGGUUGGCGGAAGGGGAGGACAAAUUCAGCCUCUCAGUUUUGAGAAGAUACGCUCAUCGGCCGCUCCCCUGUCUCCCACACUUUCUGGCAGGUCAUCAGCAGAGCAGGCGCUCAAGGGCCCUGCAAUCAUCUGCAUAGGGUCUCUGGGGUCUCGUGUGGUAGCAGUGGACUCGACUAAUGCUAUUGAGAUACAUUCGGGCGACGAAUUGGGCGACGAAGUCGACCAGAGGACUCCUCAAACCAUGGUCUCCGCUCACCGGGAUGCGGUCCUUGGGAUACGUGGUCUCAAAACACCGAACCAGUAUGACGCUACUUUCUUCACAUGGUCUCGCAAGGGUAGCGUGAAAUUUUGGAACUCCCAAGGGAAUUGCAAAGAUUCGCGUGCAAUUGUUCUGGAGCACCCCCCUGGCUGUGAUGAAGAUAUUUCCAAUGAGCUGAAAGUAGUACGAGCUACCGAUGAGAUGGACUUGUUUGUCUCCGGUGAUAAAUUUGGUGUCCUUAGCUGUGGACGUGACCGCAUGGUCCAGCUAUUCGAGCGAAGCAAUAACCGACUUGAGUUAAUCCAAACUAUGGAUGACCACGUUGGGGCCGUAAACCAGCUCCUCUUCCUUGAGAACGGAGAGAAGCUCCUUUCGUCCUCUGCCGAUCGUACCAUUCUCAUUAGAGACCGCGUUAGCCGGGAGGUCAGUGGUGCACCGAUCGUUGCUUACUUGAUCACCAGAGUGAUCACGAUGAAGGCAUCCCCAGUGUCCAUGACCCUUUCUACGGACACGGAUGUCCUUGUCGUAUCUACUGCUGAUCGAAGUAUUCAACAAUAUGAUCUCGCUUCUGGUCGUCAGAUCACGUCCUUCCGAGCUAUAGAUUCGGAUGGAAGCGAUACAGUUGUCAUGAACUCUUUGACCGUGACUUCUGAUAUCUCAAGGCAGAGUUUCUCGAAGCUACUCUUUGGAGUCUCAGCCACCGACAAGUCGAUACGUGUAUAUGACUUGGAACGUGGCGUGCUUCUUUCAGCUGAAUUUGGGCACACAGAGGGCAUGAGUGACGCUUGCCUACUUGCAAACUACCCCAAUGACUCCACCCAGUCAGAUGACCGGAUCCUCAUCAGCUCCGGCCUUGAUGGGCUUGUUAUGAUCUGGGGAGUAUCUGUGCUUCCUCAAUCAUCAUCAGAGCCCUCGCCAGCCCUACACAAAGAUGAUGAUGCUCCUGUGAAGGAAUUGACACUUGCUAAACCCCCUCUACGCAAAGUUUUGUCUAAAACCGAGCUUGCCGGGCUCCAACGACAGGAAAACAUUGCUGUCACACCAACUCCAGCUCGCGGACAUUCUCCCACCUUUCUAAGGAAACUUUCCAAGUUCUCGCUGUCUCCGGCGAAGCACGGAAAUACACAACCGCCCACGACGCCCUCAUCGACGUCGAAUCGCCGUUCCCCUACCUCUAGCGCUUGCCGAGACAAGUCACAUCCUACAUCACCCUCUUUGCAUACUUCAAAGACCGCAAGCCCUAGGAAGGUUGGUAGUAGUCGAGGCGAAUCCCGCCGUUCCUCUCUUGAUAUUCGUGCCCGGGCCAGACUUUCCGGGAAAAGCGAUUAUGGAAGCCUCAACACGUCUACAGAACAGGUCUGCCGUACGUUGAAAGCUUACAGGAAAAAGCUUAAUGGCUCAGUGGGAAAUAUUCAUGCCCAGAAGGAGCUUGAGAGAGAGCUGAACUUGACCCUACGGGCUCUCAACCAUCGAAGUAAUGGCAGCGAUAGCGCAGAAACUGAGACCGAGAGCAGCGGAAAGGAGAAUGAAAAAGUCCUUGCAUGA